AUGAAGAGGCUCUUUGGCGCAGGCAAAUCUUCAAAGUCAAAACAAAUCCCAAAGGAUCAUCUCCCAGAGGAAAACAUCCCCACACCGAUUCACCAAAGCCGCGCCCGCUACUUGACCAAACCGCCACCGCAUGCAGUUCAGCAGCAGAAACAACCGUCGCUGCCACCGUCUGCAGCCCCAUCGCCUGUCCCAACACCGUCGCUUGUCCAGCGCAGCACCCCGCCCGACUCAGUCGAAGGAUGGGAGACUGUCCAUCCUCCUUACCAAGAGCCAAGGCAAAUCCCACCAGGAAUGAGCCCUUCCCGCUCUUCCUCAUUUCAUUCUCUUCAACCACAUGCAAACUCCCCGUCGUUGGCAAGCCCUGGCCCCCGUCCGGCAUCGCCUGCCCGCCAACCAUCACAACCGCCCUAUUCUCCAAGCCCAAAUGCCGCCGCACAACCACAGCCCAAGAAAUCUCCCAGCGCUGCACUCGGCAUCCUCAAAGCUCUCGAACCAUCCGUUCCCCAGCAGCCUGCCUGCACCCCAAUGACCAGAUCACAAUCAGAGGACGACAACAGCAACAGGAUCAUGUCCGCUCCUCCCGUCGAGCGCUAUUCUGGUUCAGAAAGCGGCCACAUCUCAAAGGAAGAGAAGAAAGAGAAACGCGGCUUCUGGAGUACCAACAAGGACAAGGACAAAGAUAAAGAACGCGCGCAAGCCGAUGUCGUUCCAGACCGUCGAGCACGAGACCCCCCACUCGACCCCCGCGUCCACGAGCGCUAUCCAACAUACCCUCCCCAGCGCAAUCCAGACAAAACUAUAACCAGCAUGAUUGGCUACCUCACAGCUACUUCAUCCGAGGAUUGGACGGUGGUUCUCGACGUAUGCGAACGCGCCUCAGCAUCAGAGAUCCAAGCAAAGGAGGCAGCAAAGGCUCUUCGCAUGGAGCUCAAGCACGGGCAACCAGCAACCCAACUCUCUGCAGCAAAGCUCUGGGCAAUCAUGCUCCGCAACUCAACCGAUGUCUUCAUCCAUCAAUCCCGCUCACGCAAAUUCCUCGACACGAUCGAAGGCAUCCUCAAGAACCCCCAAACAAACCCUGUAGUCGCAGAACGCUUACUAGAAGUCGUCGCUGCAGCAGCUUAUGCCAGUGGUCGUAGAAAGAAUGAUAAAGACGGAUUUAGAGGACUCUGGUUACGCGUUAAAGCACCCGACAAGCCCGACGAAGGCAUCCCAUUCGAUUCCCAAGACUCGAUGUUCAUUCCACCAACAACAGGUCGUACAUCCGCAUAUGACAUUCCAAUCGUGGCGUACCAACAAGCAAGCCCCAUACAAGGAGAUACUGCUUCUCCCGGCCUGAAACCACCCCGCCGGCACAAAUCGCCCAACCGCAACAGGAUCAUCCCGCCCGAAGAGGACAUGCGUCGUCUGUUCCAAGAGUGUAAAAUCGGUCAAGGAAACGCAUCUCUCCUCUCCGAAGCAUUAAUCAACUGUACUCCAUCCCAAUUUAAGAAAUCAGAGAUCAUCAAUGAAUUCUACCUCAAAUGUCGUAAAUCCCAAGAGCUCAUCUUUGCCCAAAUUGAAUGGGCAUCUGCAGGUGCCGAACGAUCCCGUGUCGAACGAGAUAAAGAACGCGCUGAGCGCGAACGUACAAACUCUGCCGGCGACGCCAAACCCGACAAACACCGGGAUAAGCACUCCAAAUCCAACGGCAAAGGCAAGAACGACGACGAGACAAUGGAAGAGAAACUUCUCGCCGCUCUUCUAUUGGCUAACGAGGAAUUGUUGGAGGCGUUGAGGCAGUACGACGACUUGGCACGGAUCGCGGAGGAGAAGAGAGUAGAAGCAAGGAGUAAGAAAGAGGUUCGGAUGGAUCCCAGGGAACUGGUAUUACAACAACAACAGACCGAAGGAAUCGGAGGCUCCGCUUCACGCAGCCCUUCGCCCUCCCUGCAACAACAUGCCCGAUCCGAGAGCUACACGAACAAUCAAUACUCCAACUCUGCCUCCAACGUUGCACCAGCCAGACCACCCCACCUUCCACUCGACAACGCCAACCAGGCCAGCGCUCCCAACUCGGCCGCCGCCCACAACGAGUACCACCUCAACUCGAGCGCAAACCCCGUUUACGCUAACAAUACUACUGACCAAUAUACCAACCUCGCGCCUCCACCCAAGGCGCCCUACGGACCGCGCUCACCAGGUCAGAUCUCCAUUCGCUCGCGUACACCGUCGCCUAUACACGGACACCGCGCUGAAGAUUCCAUCGGUACACUGAACGGGAACGGAAACGCAUACAGUACUUACGAUUCAGCUCACCAAGGCCAGUAUGCCCACCAAGAGCAAUACCAAUACCCAAAUCAGCAUUACGGUGCACACGCUCAGGGAUACGUCACCGGCGGUCAGCCACAGCCAGUCCAAGGAGGAGGUCAAUACACAGACGACAACGCUUCCUCGAUCUACUACGCUCAAGAAUACCAGCCUCAGGAUUACAACGCCGCUAGCCACCACCAGCGCCAGCAUUCCAACGGCUUAAGCCGUGCUUCAGUCGAAGGGUACUACGACCCCGACGGUCCAAUCCGGCCAAGCGAGAAGGCAUUGGGUAAGAGAAGGGCAGUCGACGUCGACGAUCGUUCCAGAGACUCCUUCCACUCCGACACAGCACACUACCUCAACUCGGACGCGCACUCGCUUUCCUCGCACACACACCCCUCCGACGACCCCUACUACACCUAUCCUUCGCACACACAGGAUCCCGACGGCGUGCACUCGGAUACGGAGGAUAGCGCGAGCCACGAGCACGGUGCACAUAAGAGAGGUGUACCUAGGUGGCCGGGGAGGCAGCCGACGCAGUAUGUUUAUGAUGCAGCAGCCGAGAGGACGAGGGAGCUGUUGGAGGAGGCGGCGAGGCGGAGGGGUCUGGUGGGGAUGGCUGCCCCUGCUCAGACCAAUGGCGUCGCUCACUAA